GAAAGCGUCCUCGAUUGGCUGAUUCUUGGUCGGUUGCUAGAUGAUGCCCUGCGUCAGCUGUCCUGGCCCGUGGUUCCCAAAAGUCACACCAAUGAUGUGCGCCGCCUGUUCUUGGCCUAGCAGCACGCUGAAAAGGGAGUCCAUGACUUGAAACAAGUCCUCCUUGUCCUCCGCCUCUGGGAGUCCCCUGAGCCGAAUGUUCCUCCUUCUGUUCCUGUUCUCUUGAUCUUCCAUCUGAAGUAGGAGCGUAUUCAUCGCCCUGGCAUGCGAGAGCAGAGAAUCUUUCACCGCUGCAUUGAAGUCCAGUUUUCGAGACCGGGGAAUGGAUUCCACAGACAGACCGCCGAGCCAGACAUCGGACUGCAGCAGUGUCCUGGAUCUGUCCUGCACAUAUAAUCUAUCACAGACUACCUGGCCACAUGAGCCUUCACCUAGAUCAUAUGAAGAAGAUGUCUGCUCCACUUUAACUUCUGCUUCCUCGCUGCCCUCACUGCAAAAUACAGGCUCGAGAACAAAUUCUUGUGAAGGUAAUGAGGAACUACUGUUGGAAGAAGAUGAAAAAUCUCAAUAUAUGCCACGAAGUAGUGACGCAUUCAGAGUGACACAGCAAAGAGCUUCUACCUUGAACUCACAGAAAGUGGAAUCAAAACAAGGCCUCAAUGAUGUACAGAUUCAAGCUAGCUUGGAUGCAUUUUAUGAACAAAGCUCUUGGAGAGGGAAAUAUGAUACUUUUUCUGACCAACUUUCUGAGAAAAUAUCAGACUUAAGCAGGAAGCAGCAUUUAUAUGCUUUACGGAGUUUUCAGUUGGGUAAGAUUGUGUUAAAUCAGGAAGGUGAGAAAGUAUUACAGAACCGUUCCAGCGAAAACGUCUUCUCUCGAGAAAACACAAAGAAUGGGGAACCUGUCCCUGGACUUUCUAAAGAUGUGGUCAGGUUCAUAUUGGACAAGACCUCCCCCUCCCAAAACUGACUUUUAAAUAAUUUCAGGUGACUUUUCAGAACAAGCCGUCAUGAUGACUAACACUAGCCGUUACAUGACUUGUAUUUUUCGUUUAUCACCAGUCUUAUCCCCUUUGUAGGCUUCAUCUUUUAUUGUGAGUUGGUCCUGCUCCCCUAUCUCGGUCUCUCACUAACACAGAAGCAGCAGUAGCAUGGAGGACGUUACACAAAUAUAGCAGUCUCUGUGUGUCUCUUGCUCUCUAGCAGCUGCUUCCUUCCUUAUUUCUUUCCCCAAACUGCCAUGGACAGCAGCUGUAACCUGAUCCCUCAGCUAAUAAACAGUCCUAGUGGUAAAUGAGGUAUUUUUAUGUUAUAAUGAUGUAUUAAAGGUUUCUUACCAUCACUUGUACUAUUGAUUA